CGCCACUUCGGCAACUUCCGCCGGUUCGGUCGGAAAUGGCCGAAGACGUGCGAGACCCAGCGGUUUAAGAGGAGAAGACCGGCCGGCUUCUCGGAAUAAACCAACUGUGUCCGGCCCGUGGGGGGGGAGCAGGGGAGGGCGGACGGAGCGGGAAGACGAGGCAGCGGCUAUGGCUCCCCCCCCAGCCACUCGCGGCUCCGCCGGGAGGGCGAAGUGAGGGCGCCGAGAGGUUCCAGACAGAUGAGUAGAGAGCUGGCUGCAGAAGAGGGACAGGUUCCAGUUUGUCAGCUGCUCACCGUGUACAGAGGGAAACCCUUGAGAUCAGCGCUGGGAGAAAGAAGAGAGGUGGAGGAGGAGUCGAUGUGGGAUGAGCCCAGGAGCUGAGGGACAGCAGGAAGGGCAGAGCUUCACCCUCCCAGCAGCGAUGAGAGACGCCGACAGUGCUACGAGUCCCUUCUGGCCCCGUCUGCGCAGCGGCUGCCGCCUCUGCAUAUUCAUGGGAUGGUAAUGCAGGAUGUCGGCAGCAGCGGUAGAGUUUGGCUCGGUCCCACUGCGCUUCCCUCCUGCCGGUUGCCACUCUGAAUCACCAUGACAACGCUGUGACACUUCCAGCAAAGGUUGCCCGCGGACCGAGGGUGGGCUGGGGGUGGGCGAGAAGGUCAAUGACCGAGUCUGACGGGAUCAGAAGUUUUGCCUGCAGCAAAACGACCGUGGAAGAGCCACCGGCACGGCAAGAAGAUGAAAUUCCCCUUCCAUUGGCUUCUUGUUGAGCAGGCACAAUAACAUUUCCCUUCGAGAGACUCGCUGUAAAAACUCUUUUGGUUAUGGCUACUGAUCCGACGUGAUUGCGCACGCGGCGACUUCGGAACUCAUGACUGGCUAUACGAUGUUGCGCAAUGGGGGAGUGGGGAACGGAGGCCAGCCGUGGGUGUUGAGGUGGUCCAGUCGCAUCCGGCUCACCUGGCUUAGCUUCACCCUCUUCGUCAUCCUCGUUUUCUUCCCCCUCAUUGCCCACUACUACCUGACCACCAUCGACGACGCGGACGAUGCCGGCAAGCGCAUCUUCGGCCCCCGCACCGGCAACGAGCUGUGCGAGGUGAAGCACGUGCAGGACCUGUGCCGCAUCCGCGAGUCGGUCAGCGAGGAGCUGCUGCAGCUGGAGGCCAAGCGGCAGGAGCUCAACAGCGAGAUCGCCAAGCUCAACUUGAAGAUCGAGGCCUGCAAGAAGAGCAUUGAAAAUGCCAAGCAGGACCUGCUGCAGCUGAAGAACGUCAUCAGCCAGACUGAGCAUUCCUACAAAGAGCUGAUGGCUCAGAACCAGCCCAAGCUCUCCUUGCCCAUCCGGCUGCUGCCAGACAAGGAUGAUGCGACCUUCCCCCUGCCAAAAUCCAACAGGAACUGCAGGCUGCACAACUGCUUUGACUACUCACGCUGCCCGCUGACGUCUGGCUUUCCAGUCUAUGUCUACAACAGUGACGAUUACCCUUUCGGUAGCUCCUUAGACCCUUUAAUUAAACAGGCCUUUGAGGCGACUGUCAGAACUAAUGUUUAUGUUACUGAAAAUGCAAAUAUUGCUUGUGUGUAUAUAAUUUUAGUGGGGGAAAUGCAAGAGCCCGUAAUGCCAAAACCUACUGAACUAGAGCAACAGUUGCACUCUUUGCCAUAUUGGAGGACUGACGGACACAACCAUCUGAUCAUCAAUCUCUCGAGGAAGUCGGAGACUCAGAACUUCAUUUACAACAUCAGCACGGGGCGCGCCAUGAUCGCCCAGUCCACCUUUUACGACGCCCAGUAUCGGCCGGGCUUCGACAUCGUGGUAUCGCCUCUGGUCCACGCCAUGUCCGAGCCCAACUUCCUAGAGAUCCCACCCCAGGUGCCGGUCAAGCGUAAGUACCUGUUCAGUUUCCAGGGGGAGAAGAUCGAGUCUCUCCGCUCCAGCUUGCAGGAGGUUCGCUCUUUCGAAGAGGAGAUCGAAGGCAACGCCCCGGCCGACUACGACGACCGGAUCAUCGCCACCUUGAAGGCUGUUCAGGACAGCAAGCUGGACUUUGUUCUGGUGGAGUUCACAUGCAAGAACCAGCCUAAGGCGAGUCUGCCCACUGAGUGGGCUCUGUGUGGAGAAAGGGACGACAGACUAGAGCUACUGAAGCUUUCUACUUUUGCACUGAUCAUCACCCCCGGGGACACCCAUUUAGUGAUCUCCGCCGGGUGUACCAUGAGACUGUUUGAGGCUCUGGAAGUCGGGGCCAUCCCGGUGGUUCUCGGAGAGCAAGUUCAGCUACCCUACAACGAUGUGAUCCGGUGGAACGAGGCAGCCUUAAUUAUACCAAAGCCACGUAUCACAGAAGUGCACUUCCUUCUGAGAAGCAUUUCUGACAACGACCUCCUUGCCAUGAGGAGGCAGGGCCGCUUCUUGUGGGAGACCUACUUCUCCACCUCCGACAACGUCUUCAGCACAGUCUUGGCUAUCAUAAGGACUCGAAUCCAAAUCCCAGCUGCUCCUAUCCGAGAAGAACCCGCCGUGGAGAUCCCCCACCGGUCUGGCAAAGCUGCUGGUACAGACCCCAACAUGGCAGACAAUGGUGACCUGGACCUGGGGCCUGUGGAAACAGAACCACCCUACGCCUCUCCCAAAUAUCUCCGCAAUUUCACCCUCACCGCAAUGGAUAUCUACAGGAAUUGGAAUUCUGCCCCGGGGCCUUUCCACCUCUUCCCCUACACUCCCUUUGACCCCGUCUUACCGUCAGAAGCAAAAUUUUUGGGGUCUGGGACUGGAUUUCGACCAAUUGGCGGAGGAGCAGGUGGCUCUGGGAAGGAGUUCCAGGCUGCUUUGGGUGGCAACGUCCCACGGGAGCAGUUCACGGUGGUGAUGUUGACUUACGAGCGGGAGGAAGUCUUGAUGAACUCCCUGGAAAGGCUCAACGGUCUCCCCUACUUAAAUAAAGUCGUGGUGGUGUGGAACUCUCCCAAGCUUCCCUCCGAGGAUCUCUUGUGGCCGGACAUCGGCGUCCCGAUCAUGGUGGUGCGCACGGAGAAGAACAGCCUCAACAACCGGUUCCUGCCCUGGGACGAGAUCGACACCGAGGCCAUCCUGUCCAUCGACGACGACGCUCACCUGCGCCACGACGAGAUCAUGUUCGGCUUCCGGGUGUGGAGAGAGGCCAGGGAUCGCAUCGUGGGCUUCCCGGGGCGCUACCACGCCUGGGACAUCCCCCACCAGUCCUGGCUCUACAACUCCAACUACUCCUGCGAGCUCUCCAUGGUGCUCACUGGUGCUGCCUUCUUCCACAAGUACUACGCGUACCUGUACUCCUACGUGAUGCCCCAGGCCAUCCGGGACAUGGUGGACGAGUACAUCAACUGCGAGGACAUCGCCAUGAACUUCCUGGUGUCCCACCUGACCAGGAAACCUCCCAUCAAGGUGACCUCCCGCUGGACCUUCCGCUGCCCCGGCUGCCCCCAGGCGCUUUCCCACGACGAUUCCCACUUCCACGAGCGGCACAAGUGCAUCAACUUCUUCGUGAAGGUGUACGGGUACAUGCCCCUGCUCUACACCCAGUUCCGCGUCGACUCGGUCCUCUUCAAGACCCGCCUGCCCCACGACAAGACCAAGUGCUUCAAGUUCAUCUAGGGAGGCGCGAGAGGGCACGGGGCUGGGAGUGCACAACGCCCCUGGCUGAGGCAGACGGGACAGCCAGGAGCGGGACGGGCUCUUCCCCCUUCCCUGCGCUCCCAGCGCAGCUCACCCGGAUGGGAAUGGGAUCCCAGGGCUCCUGUGAGGACACAGCCGUGGAUUGUACACUGAGCAAUGGCUGGCUGCCCACUGGCUCUGCCCCUUCGCUAGCCAAGGGCAGCCGUUCUUUUUAAUUAUAAUUAUUGUUAUUUAAAAUGAAAGUGUUUUAGAUUUGCCGCGUGAGGCGCUUUUUUGUUUUGUUUUGUUUUCUUUUCCCUCUCCCCCACCCCGUUUCCCCCCUCUGGAGGGGACUGUAGCAAGGCCAGGCUGGAGGUGUUUGGGUGCAGCACCGGGGCAGCUCCUGUCCCCACUGCCGUCCCCAUCCAUCCUCCAUGGCACAGCCCUUCCCACCCACCAGAUCCCGGCUUCUCUUGCCCUGUGGCUACUCCUGAGGCCCCUCAGGUGUCACCUGGUGAGGAGCCCUUUGCUCUGCUUUGCUCUGCUCCCCACCCUGAGCCCCUGGAGAGGGCCGAGGUUGGCCUGGCUGGUCCUUCUGGCUCCAGCUCUGCCCCCACGCCGUUCCCGUGCUGCAGCCCGGAGGGUUCAGUUGCUGCUGUCUCAGUUCUUUUCCCACCUUGUCCUGCUGAUCCUCUCAAGACAGGGAGCGUGUUAGGGGCUUAGGGAAGAUCCAGCUGCAGCACAGCCAGGGCUGGGGGUGCUGCAGGCUCCUGGGGGCUCUGACCCUGGGCGUGCCAAAGCUGCAGUUCCCACCCUGCCUCGUCCCCAUCCCGGAGCGCAGCGUGCCCGUGCCGGGUUGGCCGUGGGCCUCCGCCCGGCUGCCUUAACCCCAGCCCAUCCUCACGGCCUGGCUUUGGGCUGUGUCCGAGGCUUAAUCCCAGCAGGAGCUUCCCAGUGUGGGAUGCUGCUGGGAUCACGUUCCCAGCGUGGGUUUGGAGCUGCUUCCUCUCCCCCAGAGCGGAAUGCCGAGCUCAGCUGCUGCUCCACCCCGCUUCAGGCCCAGCUGGACAUGAGGGAGCACAGGAGGGAAGGGCAGGGCUUGGCCCUCGUGUGAUGCUCUCCCUCAGCACAUCCCAGAUGUUUGCGAGCAGCCUGGAGAAGCUCUUGCUGGGUAGGUGGGAAGGUGGCACCUCGGUCACCUUGGUGGCCCUGGUUUUCCUGGAUGCCACCGCUGGUGUGUCUCUGGUGGCUGGGAGCAGGGAUGGUCCAGCAGCAGCUCCUGGGCUCGUUCCCAAGGUCAGCCCUGACCAGACUCUUCCUGCACCACAUUUUGGGGCCUCUCCAAACUCCUCCCCCCAGGUUUUCCUAUCCAUGCUGACACUUCCUCCGUGGGAAGGGGAGGGAAGGAGCAGCCUGUUCCCAGCAGAGCCCAUGGCUCGUGCCUUCACCAGCACCACUGACCACAGCAAAACACGGAUCAAGGAGUCUUUUCCUGGAUUUUUUUCCCCCCUUUCCAUUCCCUUUUUGUUUUGACAUCAGAUGCCCAGAACGAAGCACGUGAAUUGUCACAGUCUCCUUAAAAAUGCCACAGGAGACUCCUGGGAGGCUCUGGAACACCUGGAAGGAUUCUCUGCCGUGCCCAGGGUGGAAAUGUGGCACUUGCCAGGAGCUGUGUCAGCUCCAGCAUUCCCGAGGGACCUGAGCUCCUCUGCCACGGCUUUAAUUGCUCCCUCAUUAGUGGGGGCUCGUUAGCAGGAUGCCGUGGCUCAGGUGCAGCCCAGGCCCGGGGUCAGCUCUGCCUUCCCAGCCCUCCCAGAGCACAGAGUGCUGUGGGCAAGGACUGCACCCAGACACAGGCACUGCUCGGGAGCCUUCAGGCCUCCCAAAAUCCGAAGGGAAACGUCAUUCCAGUGAGGGAUGGGAAGUGCUGGCAUUGCCCAGGGCGUGCUGGGGCUCGGGAUGCUCAGGGAGUCAGAGCCCCAGGCUGGGAAUUCUGCUUUCCCUUGCUGAGUUUUGAAGUCGGGGAUCAGCAGAACAAAUCCAGCUCUUCUUCCUCCCAGCUCUUUGGCCUUUUCCCAAGCUGUUUUUAUUUGCUGGGAGGGAUUCCCUGUCCACUGUGCUGGAGCAGGGGGAUCUCUGUGUGUCGUGGCAUGAAUUCCUCCUUGCUGAGCGCCCCUAAAGGGGAAAGAUUUGGGGGUGAAAGGGUAAAGAGGCUUUUCCUGGGAGAUAACCUGGGCAGCAGCAGCGUCGGGAGGGAUGGAAUUCUGUGGGGAAAUGAAAUGCCAGCAGGAACAUCUUCCCCACCCACAGGGCUGGUGCUGCCCCUCCCGCUCCUAAUGCCGCAGCUCUUUCCCAAAUCAUCCCAAACACCACGGAGCCCCUGGAGCGCAGGAUUGGGAUGCACAGCCCAGCUUUCUGCUCCUCAGACGUGCCAGCACCUGAGCUGUCCUGAGCCCCUCCACCAGGGAGGAGAGGGGGCUUUUCCAGGGAGUGCUCCAGCCCGUGCUGCCAUCCCAGCACCCUUCCUUGCCACCACCCAUCGUUCUCCCGGGACUUUCAGGGCAUGCCAGGGCCACUCCGAAGCUCAGGUUUGGUUGUGUGAUCCAUCCCAGCUCCCGGGGCACGCGGCCUCCACCAGCCCAGCCCUGAGGAGAUGGGAAGGGCUCUUGGCAGCUGCACCUUUUCCCUGUUCCAGAGUUCCUGCUGCUUCCCCCGGGCACGGAGCGAGGCCUUUCCCACUGUAAAUAGCAACGACUGAGGUGACCCGGCCCUGCCCUGCCCUGCCCUUGUGCCCUCGGUGCUGUGAGCACCAGGAUUUCAAAUCCAACAGGAACUGAGAGACAAGGAACACUCCUUCGACACGAGCACAAUGUUGAGUUUUUUGUAAAAGGUUCCAAUAAAUGGAGAGUUUAACUUG